AUGUUGACACAGCAUACAGGAGUGGAUCCAGAGUUGUGCACGGGGAGGGUCUGACAGGAACACGAAUUUUCUUUGGUCAGCUGUGUUUUGGUGUUCACAACAUGAGAAAAAAACUACGUGACAACUAAAAACGCACUGUAGCACCAGCCAGUCAUGGAUUCCGCAUUUGCAAGGCACCGCUCGGAGCUGGUGGCCAGGGAGAGGAGCGGACACACGGCUGUGGUGGAGGACAACCUGCUGUAUGUGUGGGGAGGUUACAUGUCAAUUGCUGAUGAUGAAGUCUUCCUACCCAAUGAUGAAAUCUGGGUGUAUGACUUACAACAAGGUGUAUGGGAAGUGUUUCACAUGUCAGGGGAAGUCCCUCCUGCUAUGUCUGGGACCUGCGGCUGCUCUGUGAACGGACACAUGUACAUAUUUGGAGGUUGUGAUGACGAUGGACAGACCAAUCAGAUCUAUUGUGUCAACCUGACAGACGGUAAAUACAUGUGGAAGAAGAUCAUACAUGAGAUCGGUUCCGCUCCCUCUCCUCGAGACAAACUGUCCUGCUGGGUUUACAAUGGAAGGAUCAUCUACUUUGGAGGAUAUGGUCACAAACUACUGAACAAUAUUGACAGCAGGAGAAGAAGCUUCAUUGUAGAUGAAACAUCAUGGGUGGGGGAUCUCUUCUGGGGAUGGAACAAUGAGGUUCAUAUAUUCGACCCUACAGAAGUCAGUUGGAGUGAACCACAAACCCAUGGCCGUGCUCCAGCCCCCAGGGCCGCCCAUGCCAGUGCCACAAUGGGAUGCAGAGGAUACAUUUGUGGAGGCAGAGUCAUGGAAACCAGGACGAAUGACAUUCACUGCCUAGACUUUCAAUCAUGGACGUGGUCAGAAAUAAUCCCAACGUCCACCGCUCCAGUGGGCAGAUCGUGGCAUACGCUUACAGCAGUAUCAGACAACACCUUGUUCCUGUUUGGAGGCCUCAGUGUAGACUGCAAACCAAUGAGUGAUGGGUGGUUGCUGGAUGUGGAGUCAAAGAAUUGGCGAGAAGUCGAACAUCCUUAUAAGGAUAAGCCAAGGUUGUGGCACACAGCAAGUCUAAGCAAAGACUCUGAUGUGAUUGUGUUUGGUGGAAGUUGUGACUACAUCCUCCUUGUCGACACUGGUCACUGCAACGAUGCACUUGUUUUCCAGACACAGCCAUAUCCUCUGUUCAGGAUUUGUGAGGAUUACAUUGCGAAGAAUGUGAGGAACUCAGAGAUGCUCAGAAAUCAGCUUCCUCUGCUGCCUCCCAAACUGCUGACAGCCGUACAGAGGAGGAUGUCUUACUACAGGCCUUCAAAGAAGCAAAAAUACUAGUUCAAAGAAUGUGGAAGCUGCCAAAAACAGUGCAUUAUUGUACAAUUUAAUUUAAGUACUGUACUCCCUUUGGUGUGAACAUACCUAUCACACUGUGGGGUAGCAUUUUUAUUUAUAAAAAUAUAUUUUAUGGUGUUAUAUUUUAUUGUGUUAGAGAUGCAGUUUUUAUUUUGUACAGUCUGCCUGCUGAAAUACUCUUAAACUGUUCAUGUGAUGACUGUGAUCAUU